AUGAAUAAUUGCUGUUGUGUUUAUGUCCUCGCCACCGAGCCCGUGGGCCCCACCAAGCGGGGCGGCGCAGCCGGUAUGUCCACCUUCUACUUCUUCUCGGGCGGGAUCGCCGCCCUCUCCGGCAUCGCCUACGCCUUCCGCUCGUGGCGGGCCCUCUACAUCGCCACCUCCAUCCUCUUCCUCGUCUUCGUCCUCCCCUUCGUCUCCGAGUCCCUGAUACGAUCCCUAUAUCUUAUCCCCCCGCUGGCACCUCAUCCGUGGCGAGGUGGGCCCCGCCAUGCAAGCCAUUGCCCGGUCCACGGGGACCUUCCGGCCACCGCCCUCCUCGCCUUGGAGGAGGAGGUCAGUGGCCAUUCGCCUCGGAGCACGUCCACUAAGCAGGAGGCUGUCACUGGAUCCCUAGUGGACGUGCUCCGUUGCCCCCUGAGACGCGCCCGCCUCUUCCUGGCAGUCGCGGUCAACUUCUUUUGCUCGGUCGUAUACUACGGGCUGAGCUUGAACGUGGUGAACCUCGGCACCAACCUCUACCUCAACGCGUUCCUCAACGCGGUGGCGGAGAUGCCGGCGUUCUUCCUCACGGCGGUGUUACUUGACAGGUAUGGUCGGAAGUCACUAAGCAUCGGGACGCAGUGGUUCAGCGGCGCGUUCUGCCUGUUAGGGGGGCUGAUGAAGGGCUAUGGGGUGUGGAAAACGGUUAGGAUGGUGUGUGGGAUUCUUGGGAUAUUUGGGAUGGCAGGGACGUAUAAUUUGCUGUUUAUCUACACGGUGGAGCUGUUCCCGACGGUGGUGAGGAACGCGGCGCUGGGAUGUGCGACUCAGGCAGCGCAGAUGGGGGCAAUAUUGGCGCCGUUCGUGGCGGUUAUGGGGGAGAGGGUGCCGUUUCUGGUGUUCGGAGCGUGUGGGUUGGCCGGAGGGACGCUUACGUUUUUGUUGCCGGAGACAUUGAACCGGCCAUUGUAUGAUACGAUGACCGGUAUGGAAGAGGGAGAAGGCGGAGGAGAUUUGUUGAAUUAG